UUUACUCGCAAUUAUCAGUUGUCACUCACAAGCAUUUCCCCCUUUUAGAGAGAGAAAGAGAAAGAAAUGGAGAAUCUAUGGCGAGCAGCAACAGGUCAAGAACCAAACCCAGAAGACUACACCGGAAUCCAAUUCUGGUCAAAUCCAGAACGCACCGGCUGGUUAACUAAACAAGGCGACUACAUCAAAACCUGGCGCCGUCGCUAUUUUGUUCUCAAACAAGGCAAACUCUUCUGGUUCAAAACCCCUUCCGCCGCUUCAUCAUCUUCCUCUGUCCCACGUGGCGUCAUCUCCGUUUCCACUUGUUUAACCGUUAAGGGAGCUGAGGAUGUUCUUCAUAAAGCAUCUGCUUUUGAACUCUCUACGCCUCAUUCCACUAUGUUCUUUAUUGCUGAUAAUGAUAAAGAUAAAGAGGAUUGGAUUAAUUCAAUUGGUCGUGCUAUUGUUCUUAAUUCUCGAUCUCAUGCUGAUUCUGAGGUUAUUGAUUAUGGUCAAUCUAACGCUACUUGAUCAUAACUUUUUGUACCUCUUUGUAUACUAUUGAUCUUUGUCUUAAUAAUUGAUAACCCCAAGUUGUAAAAGUGUUCUUAUGCAUUUUCAUUUUUAUUAUUAUCAAUAAAGUUUUUUUCUUUUUGUUAACUGUGUAUAUAGGCUUUUGGAUACUUGGUUGAUCUGAUUGAA